CCUAAGCAAAGAGGGGAAAAAAUCCCCCAAAAAAAGAUCGAUUCUCCCCCUCCUGGAACUUGGUUCCGUCCGCCGCUCCCCUUCACUUCUUCUCCCCGAAGACCUUCCAUCUUCAACCUCUAUCUUCCACCGCAUCUGAUUUCCACCUCCAUCUAUCUUCGAAUUUCUCGCCAACAACGGAGGUGGCUGUGACCCUCCCGACGACGGAGGUAAAACUGGAGUCGCCGACCCCGGUGGCGACGCUAGUAGCAGAAGAAGAGCUUGCGGUGGGGCCGCCGAUCUAGCACGAUGUAUCUCUGUUCAGGUCAAGCUCGUCGUCUCCAUCUUUACCCUCUUCUCCUUCUUCGUCCGCCAUCGAUCUCUUCUCGUUUUCAGGAUCUGGAUUCGGAUUCUGACCCAAAUUUCUCGUGCGACUUGGAUUGUUGAAUCGUCGUUGAAUUGAUGAGCCUACGGAGGGAGUUUGCUGCCAUAUCGGAUCUGGUGAAGGACGCAACGAGGAUUUUGGAGGAGGGGAAGUCGGAUCCAGUGAAGGACGCAACAAGGAUCGCAGGGGAUGGUGGGUUGACCUGGUCAGCGACGGAGUUGGUGGGUGCGGCAGGAGGAUUGGCGAAGGUGGUUGAAACUCAAGGCACCACCAUUGCUGUCCCAACCACCCUUCCAAUUACUUCCAAACCUCUCACAUUCUUCGCUCACUCCACACUUCUUUUCCCCUUCCAUUCCUCCACCCCAUUUGAAAUUCAAAUAAUGGAAGAAACAGAUGCUCCAGCUUUAGCUCGCUUCCCUCCAGGGUCCAUUAGGGUCGCUGCCGCCGCCGGUUUUUGCGAUGAAGAUGACAAGGGUUGAGCAGCGAAGUGAUUAGAAGAUUGGGAAGUAAGAUGGAAGCCGGAUUUCGGCGUCGCGAUGAUGUGGCGCGGGAGGUGGCAAUUCCAGUCCAGUUGGCGAUGAUGUGGCGUCCACAUGUUGGCCACCUCAGCGACGCGAAUAGGUAACUAACGGUGUACCCAACGACGUCACAUUUAAUAACGGAAAUGGCUAAUUGUCAAUGCAUUUUCAAAUUUUUUGCUAUUUCUGUGUAUUUUUCAGAAUCUGGCUAUAUUUGUCACAAAGUGCAAAGUUGAAGGCUAUGGAAGUGUAUUUUGCCUUUUAAAAAAAGUCGAUUUCGACAAAAUGAUAUAUUUAUUUUGCUGUAAUGGAAUUGUAUUAUUACAAAAGAAAAUAAUGGUUGAUGGUACUGAUGAAGUAAUAAUGGAAAAAGGUUUUCAAACUCAACAAUAACUUUUCUACCAUUUAAUUCGAGUAUUAUCAACAUAAAACGUUAAUAAAUAACUAUUUACGUU